GGAGGAGGUGCCGUACACCGUUAUGCUGGGACGAGGUUGGCAUGGCCAAACUCGAGGGUACUGAGUUGGUUGAGGUCACCAAAUCAAAGGUGAAGUUGAUUCGAGAGAGACUCAAGGCGGCUCAGGAUAGACAAAAGAGUUAUGCAGAUAAGCGUCGAAGAACCUUAGAGUUUAAGGUUGAUGACGAGGUAUUCUUGAAAGUUUCUCCUUGGAAAGGGAUCAUUCGGUUCCAAACCCGAGGAAAACUUAACCCACGAUAUAUAGGUCCAUUCAGAAUUAUAGAGAGGAUUGGGGCCGUUGCAUAUCGUCUACAGUUGACUCCUGAGUUAGAGAAGAUACAUAAUGUGUUUCAUGUAUCCAUGCUUAAGAAGUAUGUGCAUGAUCCCUCUCACGUACUAGAGAAGCCACCUGUAGAGGUACGUGAGGAUUUGAACUACGCUGUUCAACCUAUCAAAGUCACCGAUAGAAAGGUGAAGAAGCUGAGGAGCAAAGAAGUCCCAAUGGUUAAAGUCCGGUGGAAGAGCGAUCGGGUCGAGGAAGAGACAUGGGAAACGGAGGCUUUGAUGAGGAAGCAGUAUGCUUUCCUAUUCGAGUAGAGCUGUGAAUUUCGGGGACGAAAUUCCUGUUAAGGGGGGGUGAACUUGUGACACCGCACCCGAACGUCCUUGAAAAUUCGAUUUAAAAUUCAAAAGUGAUGUAUUGAAUUUCCAAUUGCAAAACAAUGGGAGAAACGAUUAAUAUUUUACGAAGUACAUGAUUGAAUAUUGUAUUGUUCAAACCCGCAUUCUUUUGUAAUUUUCAUCGUGUAAAUUAUUGGGAUGAGCCUACACAUAUUGGAGAUCAAUAAUGUGAUUUAGGAAGUUGACUUUUUCUAAAUAAAUUAGGAUGAGUACAAAAAGACAUCUUUGACAAAGAUAAAACAAUAGGACCCAUCUUCCCAUUUUUGGAAGUAUUGGUAGAUAUUUUGGACCCCAAAUUUAAUGGGAUCAAUUGGGAACCACUCCACAUGGUAUUAGUACCUGCAAAACAAAUAAAAAUGGGUUAGGAGACUUACCUUGGCCGGCCAUUAUGGAGAAGAGCUGCACAUGACUUGAUAAGAAUCAAAGUUUGGGGCCACCACUCUUAUUUUCGCACAAAUUGGUGUGCUGUUUGUCUCCUCUCAUUAUAGGAGCUAUCCUCAACCAAAUAACGUGUAUGAGGUGUCCUUGGAUAGCCUUUGAAGUCUAUUAUCUCAAUUGAGUGGUCUUUGUUCGAGGAGAGAAGGAUUAUCUUGCAAAAAUCGAGCUGGAACGAGCAAAGGUCUGUGAACUCGAGCUGUGAGAGUGCUGAGACUGUUUGGUCGAUAUCUCGAAGUUUUACAAGUCCAAUUAAGGCGUGUGAGAUACCCACAGAAAGCUCUCAAGACGAGGAAUCCGUGAAGGUCUGGUUUGCAGGAAUCGGAGUUGUGGAAGGCUUCCAAAUCGUCCGAGCAAAACACAACCUCGCAGGAGAGGAUUUAAUCUUCUAAAGUUGAGGCUAGAGCUUGUUUCCUGUGCUCGUUGAUCGAGUGAUUCCUUGGAGAGAAGACUUGGUUCGUGCUUCCUCCAUUCUGUUUUUAAAUAAUAUUAAACUUGCUCAUGGAUAUUUUACUUUAGAGCCUGCGUGCUCAUGUUUGCCCUGUGUGGCCCUUUUGUUUUAAACAAUGUUUUCCGCUGCGUAUUCAAUUGUUUAUUAUGUAUGUUUAUGGAUGACUUAUGUGUGAAUGAUAUUCAUGACGCCUUGUAUAAUAUGAAUGUGUUGGACUGCGGUUGACUAUUCGUAUCGUACGGCGGGUUGUUGACGUGUCCGGGGAGGUCCGGGGCGUGACAGUACUUCUCUUUCUUAAACCAAUCAAGGACAAAGUUUUCAGGAGGGAUCCGUAACCAGUUGCAACAAGAGAUGACAUGUGGACAUGGAAUACCGGUUAAAUCCCACUUCCGGCAUGUACACGUCCUCUCAUUCAGAUUCACACAAAACAUGUCUAAACGAUGCAUAACUUGAAACUCAAAUUCACUGGCAGCCAAACAAAUGCAUUUUCUUGCUUUUUCCUUUUCCAUCUCUAGGCAUUUCCUCACUCUAGGACAGAUAUCAUCGUGUCUAGAGAUCAUAAUAGAUCUAUUCUGAUGUAUCCUUUGCAUAACCUGCAACCUUAUUUCUUCAAGCAUGUGUAUAAGCAGUUUGGAUCUUGCUUCAAUAAUAUAUCCAUUAAAUGUCUCUGCCAUAUUACUCACAAUCACAUCACUUUUGCUCACAGUUUGCAUAUAGGAUCUACAAAAUGUGGUCGGAUUCUGGGAAAUGAAGUCCUCAACAGCCUUGGCACUAACACCUUUCAUUUCCUCAAGUGCACUGUCAAAGUCAGCUCUAGCAUAUGCUCUAACAG